GAGAGGCGCCAAGAAGGCUCACUCAAAGCUGACCAGCUUCCCGACCGGCGGGCCAUCAGUCGCAAGCUCGUCGCCUCGCCUUUUGCUACCCUUUUGCUACCAUCAAUCCUUUGCAGCCUGAGCUGGACUCUACCUAUGCUUUCCACAAACUCGCAGGGCCAGCCGGAGGAAGGGACGCUGUCGGGCGCUAGCCGAAUCUCGCGCCUGAGGCACUCUCCCAGCGAUACUCGUUUGCUUCUUGCACAAGGAAAGACGUCGCCUGAUCAAGGGCAGCAACCAAAGUAAACCACCUCGGAGAGGGGCAGCACCCUUUGCCAGUUGCGAUCCCUCCUGGCAAGACAACCGGCUAGCUCACGCUCUGGUCAGCGGAUACAGGCUAUUUGUCUCUCCCGAGACGACCUGCUGCCCCCUCCCGACUGAGAAGGAGUUGGGAACUCGGCAUCGUGUGGCAGGCAUGGCGGAAAUAAUCGACAUCACUGGCGACGGCCAAGAGACUUGCGCAGACGCUGUCAUCUCUGUCUUUCCUGACAUCUGUCCCAACUACUUGGACUCGAUCACGAAAGAGAAGGACUUCAACAGCGAAGUCGUCAUUUCUCAUAUCUUGGACCAACUGGAUGAUGGCAAAUCGUACCCCAGGCGGGCCAAAGCCAACCUCAAGCGGAAGCGAGAGCCACCCAGCGACGAAACUGACGACGCAGCACAGCUUUCUAAACGGUUUUCCAGCGCGAACCACAGGCAGCAAUGCGAAGAUGCGUCCGCGCUACCUACGUACUGCGACACAUCGAGGAAAAUUCUUUCAGAGUGCUUUCCCAAGAUGCCCUGCAAGCAGCUGUAUCGGCUGUUUGAUGAAAACGGGAGCAGCCUAUUUGCCACAUACUUGGCAGCCAGCAAUCUCCUCGACGACUGGGACGCUGGCAACAAGCCUUUCCAGCUAAACAAGCGCGCGAGGGAAUCGGACAAGUUCAAUGACGAGACAAUCAAGUCCAUGAUGCCCGCAGCGCUUCCUGGACAACGGCAGGCACUCGAGGAACUCAUUGCCUCCCGCCUGGUGACUCGUGCACGGCGCAGUCAGAACGAGGCAGAACAGCAGAGGCUGAGAGAGGAAGAAGAAAACCUCGAACUGGCUCGAGCUGAAGGCACAGUCAUCGAUUGCGGGUGCUGCUACUCUGAGUGUGCCCAAAACCGCAUGGUGUACUGCAACGGCGAUGAUCCGCAUUUGUUUUGUAGGGAUUGUGCGAAACACAUGGCGGAGACACAAAUCGGACUCUCCAAGCACACUCUUUCCUGUAUGUCGAUCGAUGGGUGUGCAGCUGGGUUCUCUGUCGACCAGAAGCAGCUGUUCCUCGACAGCAAGCUCGUCGUUGCCCUCGAGCGCAUCGAGCAGGAAGAGGCACUCCGGCUCGCAGGGAUCGAAAACCUCGAGACCUGCCCAUUCUGCCCCUUUGCGGCAGAGUAUCCCGAAGUCGAGAUCAACAAGGAGUUUCGGUGCCAGAACCCAGAGUGCGAAAUCACGAGCUGCCGCCUGUGCAGGAGAGAGACGCAUAUCCCCCAAACCUGCCAGGAAGCUAUGCGCGAGAGCGGCCACUCGGCCCGGCGUGCCAUCGAAGAAGCCAUGUCGGCAGCACUGAUUCGGAAGUGCAACAAAUGCGGGACCCCGUUCAUCAAGGAGAACGGCUGCAACAAGAUGACUUGCACUCGGGCGGGCUGCCACAACGUUCAGUGUUAUGUCUGCCACAAGUCUUGCACCUACAACCACUUUGACGACGCAUCACGCGGCGGGAAGAGCGGGAACUGUCCUCUCUUUGAGAGCGUCGAGAAGCGGCAUAGCGAUGAGGUUCUUGCAGCCGAGGCCAAGGCGCGCCAGGAAGUGGCACAAGCAAACCCCGAGGUCGACGCCGAGUUUUUAGACAUUAUGGUCUCGGAUAGGGUCAAGCAUGACGAGGAUCAGCGCCGACAAGCGUCCGACGCCCGGCACCCACCGGAACGUGGGCUCAACGUAGCGCGCCAUGUUCGCCUUCGCCAUAUGAUGUACGGGAACAUUCUGCCCAACCUCGCCGGCAUAGUCAACCAACUUGCUGGUCCGCAUAGGCAGCAAGAAAACCUGCCCCUAGCACCACCACUUCCAGUUAUGGCUCCAAUUCCAAAUAUGGCUUUAGGAGUGUACCCAGGCGUGCCCCCGGUGCAACGGGAUGUGCCGCUGCAUCGCCGUGCUGUGGGCGGCCAAGCCCGCCAGAACCCGGUACCGGCACUUCCCAUGGUGGAUCCUGAGCUGAUGCUGCCAGUAAUGCCGCCAGCGUUGCCCUUCGUGCCCGGACUGGCACAACAACUGCAAGGGCAAAUGCGCGGACAAAUCGGCUGGCAAAUGGGACUUCCCAAUCCGGACAUGGAGGCAGUCCGAGAGAGGGUUGCACGGAAUUUACAGGCUGCACGUGCUGCACAGGCUGAACUGGCUGUUAGGGACAUGAACGCGCGGGCUGUUAGGGAUAUGAACGCGCGGGCUGCGCGGGCUGCACAGGCUGCACAAGCACGGGCUGAGCUGGCUGCACAGGCAGCCAGGGGCGCGAGAGCGCGGGCCCUGGCUAGAGCCGCCCUUCCAGUGCACCACCCCAAUGCCGCCAGAGCCCCCGGGAUAGACCAGGCUUCCCAGGCUCUCCAGGCUCGAAAUGAAAUACUGCGGCGCGCCGCCCUCGGUCGCCUUGGCGCUGCCGAGAACCCGCUCCGGAUUGGCGCCCUCGCCCAGAUGGACAUGCCGCUCCGAGGGUCACGGGAGCGCCCUAUCCAGUUGGGUGCUUCACCUCCGGGGGCCCGCCGGGUCCUUGCCAACGGUCCCCCGCCAGUAGUGGCUGCCCCUCCCAGGAACCCUUCUGCAGUUCCCCGCUGCCACCCCAAUAACAGGCCACGCCCGCAAUAACCAAAGUCAUGCGCGCCGCCUCCUGAACGACGGGAUGGCGCCAGGUGGCGGUCCCUUGCGACUCCAACGUGGCCACCACUAGGCGCUCACAGGCUUCUCCUCCGGAUGCUAACGUGACCUGCGGCUCUCUGAGAGAUUGUGUUUUCUUUUGGCGAACUGUGUACUCAUAGUUGUAUGGUUUGAAUCACCUCUGGCGCAUGGGAGGGUAGCAGUGUCAUAUUUCCCGCUUACUCGCUUCUUUUAGCACGUCUCCUUGGUCAUAUGAGGAUAGGGUUGGUGCAAGGCGCCCAUGGCUUUUAGCGCUUUCUUGGGGAUUGAUUAUUGCAUGGAAAUGGUGUCGGG